GCUAAUGCUGGAACCUUGCUGCAUCGGGUCGGAAAAUGGUCAAUGCUUUCACAAGUGCGUGGGGAACAUGUUUGCGGAGAUGAAGCUCGGGAGAUGCUUGGCCGUGCCAAGAUCAAGAUGUAUGUGACUUGCACUGAUUCGCUCACAGCCAACCUCAGCGUGGCAGGGAUGGAGCAGAUGGAAGUGGUGGAAGUACCAUUGUCGGCAAAGGUUGAUCAGAACAGAGCUGUUCUGAAUCUUUGCAGCAGCGAUUUGCAGAACUCGGACGGGCAAGAGUUGAUUUUGAGCAUGCUCAACAAUGAUUGGGGCUGCCCUUUGAACAAUGGUUCUUUGUUACACUUCUGCAAGCCAAAUUGUUGCAAGACAAAAGAGGACUUCCAGUUCAAAAUGCGGCAGGCGCUCGAG